ACAGACCCAAGGUCUUCCAAUUGCAGUAUCAGCUAAUACAUCCAAUACAGCAGACAGUCAUGCAGCACCCACAUCCCAGUGACCAGCCCACCUAUAUGCCGGAUGUGCCAUUCCAGCCGCUUUGGGGUCAGGAGGCUCCACCGCCGCCCAUUGUUCCCUACCAAGAGCUCAUCGCCGGGUUUCCCUGCACUGAUUUGUCUCUGUGGCAGCGCUCCCAAGUGACUCCUUUGGUGCCGCAGCGUCCGUCGACGAAUGGAAGGACCAAUGGCUCCUCCAGCUCUUCGAAGAAAACGCGACGCCGUGUGGCAUCAAUGGCCCAACGGAGAGCCGCAAAUAUCCGCGAACGCCGACGGAUGUUCAACCUAAACGAGGCCUUCGACAAGUUGCGCCGCAAGGUGCCCACUUUCGCCUACGAGAAACGGCUGUCCCGCAUCGAAACCCUUCGCUUGGCCAUCACCUACAUCGGCUUCAUGGCGGAGCUGCUGAGCGGCACGCCCUCGAACUCCCACAAAUCCCGGUCCGAUGUCUAUGGCAGCAUGAAUGGUCACCAUCAGGCGCCACCACCGGCUAUUCAUCCACAUCAUCUGCAUCCUGCGGCGGCGUAUCAACGCGACUUUGCCUCACCCUAUAAUCACAGUUUGUCCUAG